ACAAAAGCAAUUUGGAGAAAUUGCAAUGAAAUUGCUUUAAAAAACAGAAAAAGACCCAUGGUUAUAUACCGCUUCCCAUAAUUUUAACCUAAAUAAAAUUUUUUCCCAUACUUUGCAGGUGGCAGGAAGUAGUUCUAUGCAGACUAUGCAAAAGAACUAAAGCAAGCUUAAGGUGAUCCACAAAAAUCUUGCUGUUUAGAAACUGACUGCUGGAUUUUACGGUAUCCAGAGAUUUCAUGUUUUUACUUUUAGCCUAAAACACAUGAAUUGAUGUCUGAUACUUUCCCUGCUCUUGUUUGCCUUGGUAGCAAGAGCUAAAAUGUUUUGGGCUUUUGACAGAAAAUUCUGUCAUCCUUGGUUUUAAGGUUCUGUUUCAUAGUAAUUUGGGUUGAUUGAGAGAGGUUAGUUAAUACAUCCAGGAGUCCAUAAUCACCACAAAGUGUUUACUUUUAAAAGGGAAGUAUCAAAGUAAAGAUCAAUGCUGACCAGAAGUGAAAGUGUUUUACCUCAUGGAACUAAGAAUUAGGUGCAACUCUUACAAGUUUAAUGCUUUUUUGAUUUUUAUUAAAAGAAUUUUACUCCGGGUAACUUUUAUGGCUUUUUAAAAUUGUGUUCCUAUUAGAGCAUAUCAUUUUUAAUAACUUCUCAUAUUAGAAUUGGCACUGGAUACAACUCAAAGAUACCAGUUAGCAACUCAGGAUUUUUGUCUGCCCCAAUCCUCAGGCAGCAACCUUUUCUCCCUAUUGUCCCCCCCGACAGCUCCCUUUCCCAGCAAAUCCCAGCUACCAUACCCCUUGCCAUGAUGCCUCCCCUUGGUUUGCCAACUAUACCUAUCAUUUCGACCUUAGGUAUCUCUUGGAGGAAAUGAAGUUGGUCAGCCCUCUUCCCUGAACACUGCCCAUUUCCCAGGUCUCAGAUUACAGCAUGUCAACUGGACCUUGCUGCAGCUAUUGUGUUCAAACAUAGCAUAUCUCUGUUACUUCUGUACAUCUCUUAAUUCCUGGUUGCCCCAUUCUACCACAGCCUUAUGAAACCCUUUUAGAUGAGGGAGCUCUCAUGAAACAUUGAAUGUUCUGAGAGUGACAUGUAGAUUUUGGGGGUUUAAUUACAGGACAGUUUGGCAACUUGCAGGAGACUUCUGUUGGCCAUGCCAUCAUAAAAUAACUUUUUAGCAGAUGUAGCUUGAAGUCGUUGAUGGCUGUUGAAACAUUUUGAGUUACCGUUCUUGGAAUGCUGUGCAUGUAAUGCUCACAGUAGAACCUGGAAGCAACAUUUCUGGUUUUAAAGAUUUAAGUAAACUUCAACAUCUGAAGGGACAGGAGAAUGGUACAGGCUAUAUCUGUUCCGUAUAACAGGGUAGUAACAAUGGGGCUGAUUCAGGUUGUUUGUUGCUUUGGUGGAGAGAGCUGUAACAAAUGUUACUCAUUGAAUGAGAGCCAAUUACAUUCUUUCAGCAAAAAUACAUGAUGAUCAUUCUGUAACCAAAACACAUUCCUUACCCUAAAUAUAUCUUUUAUUUUGUGCCUUUGCAUGUAGUACUUGCAUGCACAAGUCAUAGCUUAGAUAUGUAACCCAUAGAUUUCUGUUACUGAAUUUAACAAGCACACUUCAUCCAAACCCCAUAAAAUGUAAUGGGGAAAAUGUUUGUUUAAAUAACUGUAAAUUAAUGAUUUCAAGUGGAUUUGAUUAUAAUAAAUAAAUGUAGAUCUGAACAGUGGGAAAUUUUAUGUAUAUUUGAUAGCUAUCUUAUAACCUUUGACUCUAAGAUGUAGGAGUGUGGCUUGCUGGACGGUUAUUGUAUUUCUAUGAGUUACUUGGCAAUAUUUUUUACUCUCAUUUGGACUCUUAUUAUGGUAAAUGUAUUCUAGACUAUGGAAAAAAGAUGAAGCAUUCCUAUUACAGUACCAUAAAUGUGAAGUUCACUGGCUGAGUUGUCUCCAUGUGAAAGAGGCACAGAGGAAUUUUGAAAUAAAAAUGGAUCUCUUGACAUGUAACAGUAUGACUAUAAGUAUUACUGAAAAUUGUACUAUAGUACUGGUGCCAAAACAGAAUCUCUGGUACUUAGACAUGGGCAGCUAGUACUCUUUUGUAUGUAAACAUUGAUUAAAAACAGAGUAAACAUAAACCAGAUUCCAAGUAAAUUGCCUCACAAACUACAUCCACAUGAUGGGUUAUAUCACUACUAUGUGUAACAAAACACAAAGGUAUUGAAAGGAGAAUUACAGAUAUUUCUAUAAUAGGUUUCAAAUUGGCAGCUGCAAUGCGGAAGUCCCUUGAUAGAGGGAAAUAAUUCUAUCGUAGCAGCAGCAGCAAUUCUAAGUAAAAGCAAAACCAAAUUAAUUUGAUCUGUUAGAUCUCUUCUGUUGAGCUAAAGAUAAUCUAUUCUGUGAGGUUUCAAAAUGUUGUCACAUGUGCUAGAACUCAGACACCAGGUGCAAUUCAAGGGAGCUGGUGUUAUACCACAAACAGAGCACUUUUGCUCUUGAAAGCACAAUACAAAAUUUUGGUCUGGGCGAAAACAAAGAUUCUAGCUCUGGUGUAAGCAUUUUUAAACGCUUUGAAAAAUAUGUAGAAAUCAAGAAUGAUGCAAAACACUUAGAACAGUAAGGGGCAUGGAUGCGGAGGAGGGGAUGUAUUUGCUGUCCACUUAAUGAAUGUAGGUGCAUGAACAAAAAAAAUCUACUAGACAGAGCCCAUUGUUUGUUUUAGGCACCGUACAUAGCUCUGAUCCUCAUUAGGGCCUCCUGACACUCCUGCAGUACCACUUACUACUAAUAGAGACUUACACCAAAACCUCGGAACUUUGGAGAAGUUCAGCUCCCAAGCCAAAAUUUGCAGCUCAGAUCCAUCUCUAGAUCAAACCCCAGGAAUAUUCAUUCCCGUAAUAUUCUCUUCGGGCCAGACCCUUAAUGUUGACCAGCUGCAAAUCCUAGUGACUUGUACUCAGUGGAAAUUGUAACUGCACAGCACAGUGGGUUAUCAGCACCUUUUGGAUAAGGCGUGUUUAAAAAAAAAAAAAAAUACAGCAUAUGUAGUAAUGACUUGUAUAAAAGUAGACCUUUCAAAACUGAAGAGACUAUCAUGGAUGGGAGUGUUUCUUCCACCCAACGCUUACUCAGAACGUUUAUCGAGGUCAAGCAGUGUAUAUGAUCCAGGUAAAAGAACUAUUAUAAUUAUUAUUACACAUUAUUUUAUGUUAAUAGAACAUUAAGGUUACAAAAUCAAGUCCUCAGAAGUUAGGAGAUGCCAGAGUUAAGACUGCCUGCACAACCUUUAUUUGCCCACCUUGUGCAUAUGCAUUAUGAUAGGGUUCAGUUGCGUGGUGUCCUAUAAUUUUACCUCCCAGGAGCCUGCCUCAUUUAGUGCCCACGAUACUGGGUGCUCAACUUAUGAGCAACUGCUAGAUUUUUUUUUUUCCUUCUCGUUGAAUGCGUGGGCCCUGGGCUUAUUUACUACAUGCUAUUCAAACCCUGCUCUGAAGUUAUUAAUUUUUUUCUCAUGGACUUUUCUAUGGUGCUUAGACUAUAGUAUUGGCGUGCCUCACAAACAUUAGUGAAUUCACCUUCACAAUAUCCCUGUGAGAUAAGGGGGUUGUCUUGUCCCCACUUUACAGAUGGAGAAUUGAGGCACAGAGCAAUUGAGUUCAAAAGUUUCCAUUAACUUUGGGUCCCCAAUUUGAGAUGCCUAGGACCUGACUUUUCAGAAUACCUAGAAUUAUAUAGCCCUUUAUGUUCAAAGCACAGCGCCCAUCAACUUCAGUUUCAGCUCUGAUUGCCCACCACUUCUGCAGAUCAGACCUCAGGAUCUUUGGGCACCUAAAAACUGAGGAACACACAACUAGUGACCACCCGUGAAAAGUUGUCAUAAGUGACUUGCCUAGUAUCACAUAGGAACUCUGGCAUAGGUAAGGAGGGAAUCCAGUUCUCCAGAACAGCACUCAGCUACCUUAACCAUGAGAUUUUCCUUUCUCUUCUUGAAGCGUCCUGCCUCAUUUACUGUACACCUUCUAGAUUCUGCAACAAAUGAGACUGGGGUCCUACAGAGAGAAGUCUCCUUCACUGCACAUCUCUGAUUCAUCCUGUGUGCCUGAUCCAUCUUACGCAUUGAAUGAGGCAGGGAUCUUGUUGCAAAAAAUAGUAUAUGAUCAUAUAAUUAAAGACUGUAUAAUACCUAUGCACAAGGCAGCUAAAUUAAGGUUGCAUGGGCAGUCUUAAUUCUGGUGUUUCCUAUCUUCUGAAUAUUUGACUUGGCAAACUUGGAUGUUCAUUUAGAAUAGUUUUGUGUGUGAUUUGCUAGCUGCUGGUUUUAAAAAAAAAAAAAAAGAGAGAGAGAGAGAACUGAAAAACCAGAAAUUCCAUACCAUAUAGCAUCAUAUUGACACCCAAGUAGUUCAUCAGCAGAGCUGGAACCUUUAGCUGCACUGCACAGACCUCUGCUACUUGAGCAAAUGGACUAACUUUUAGCAGUAACAGGUUGUCAUAAUCUGUGAAGAACAGAAUAAGAAGGGGAUGAGGAACAUACUUGGCCGUAGUGUUUCACUGCUGACAGCAAGAGGAAUAGUGAGACUUAUGAAUCUUAUGAACCAGGCUCUAGAGGGGAGUGUGCGCUAGUGGGGACACUCACUCUUCUGCCCAUUACCUUCAAACUCAGCUCCUUCUUCCCCAUCCCUUCCAUCUCCACUCCUCAGGCUUCUCAUCCCAGACGCCUUGUGCAACCAUCGUAGUCUUUCUUCCUCUGGGCUGACACUGUCCAAAUCCCAAACACAAACUCCCCAGUCUCUCUUCCUUCCCACAUCCAAUCCCCAUUUUCUUCUUGCCCAGCCUGUAAGGCGAUGAAUGAUCCCUGAACUAGAGCUUAAAAUUAAGCCACAUGUGUUGUCAUUCUUGUGCUAGGCUCCAGCUACUCCAAAGCUGGUCUGGUGACUCUCAGGGCAGGCGAAACCUUACAAAGCUGUCCCUGAUCUUCAGCCACAUGCUGGCAGAAAUCAAAGCAAUCUUUCCUAAUGGCCAAUUCCAGGGUGACAACUUUCGUAUCACAAAAGCAGAUGCUGCAGAGUUCUGGAGAAAAUUUUUUGGAGACAAAACUAUAGUGCCAUGGAAAGUGUUCCGGCAGUGCCUUCAUGAGAUUCAUCAGAUAAGCUCUGGUUUGGAAGCAAUGGCUCUGAAGUCUACCAUUGACUUGACCUGCAAUGACUACAUUUCAAUUUUUGAAUUUGAUAUCUUCACUAGACUAUUUCAGCCUUGGGGUUCAAUCUUAAGGAACUGGAACUUCUUAGCUGUGACACACCCUGGGUAUAUGGCAUUCCUAACAUAUGAUGAAGUCAAAGCAAGGUUACAGAAAUACAGCACCAAACCUGGGAGCUACAUUUUCAGACUGAGUUGCACUCGACUGGGGCAGUGGGCCAUUGGAUACGUAACUGGUGAUGGAAACAUUUUGCAGACUAUACCUCACAAUAAGCCUUUAUUUCAAGCUCUAAUUGAUGGCAGCCGGGAGGGAUUCUAUCUAUACCCAGAUGGACGAAGUUAUAAUCCUGAUCUGACAGGAUUAAAUGAACCUACUCCACAUGAUCACAUAAAAGUUACACAGGAACAAUACGAAUUGUACUGUGAAAUGGGUUCCACUUUCCAGCUGUGUAAAAUCUGUGCAGAGAAUGAUAAAGAUGUGAAGAUUGAGCCUUGUGGACAUCUCAUGUGCACUUCUUGUCUUACAGCAUGGCAGGAAUCCGAUGGUCAGGGCUGUCCUUUCUGCCGAUGUGAAAUCAAAGGAACUGAACCAAUAAUUGUAGACCCUUUUGAUCCGAGGGAUGAAAACUCCAGGUGCUGCAGUAUUAUAGAUAGUUUUAGUAUGCCCAUGCUAGACUUGGACGAUGAUGAUGACAGAGAAGAAUCUUUAAUGAUGAAUCGGUUGGCUUCAGUACGAAAGUGCAAUGAGAGACAGAAUUCACCAGUGACUUCUCCAGGAUCCUCUCCGCUUGCACAGAGAAGAAAGCCACUUCCAGACCCCGGGCAAAUUCCCCAUAUUAGUCUUCCACCGGUGCCUCCCCGUCUGGAUCUCAUUCAGAAGGGGGUAGCACGGUCACCUUGUGCCAGCCCUACUGGCUCACCAAAGUCUUCUCCAUGUAUGGUGAGGAAACAAGAUAAACCCCUCCCAGCACCACCACCUCCCUUGCGAGAUCCUCCUCCACCUCCACCUGAGAGACCCCCUCCAAUCCCGCCGGACAACAGGAUAAGUAGACAUUUGCAUCAUCCUGAAAGUGUGCCUUCCAGAGACCAGCCUGUGCCACUUGAAGCCUGGUGCCCCAGAGAUGUGUUUGGGACAAAUCCAUUAAUAGGAUGUCGAAUCCUAAAUGACAAUUCCCCCAAACCAGGACUCACUGCAAGUUUGAAUAUAAAUGGAAGGCACAACCGAAUGGGUUCUGACCCAGGAUUUAUGAGAAAACAUAGACGCCAUGAUUUGCCUUUAGAAGGUGCCAAGGAAAAUAUUAUUUCUGAGGAGUUGAUUUUCACCCGCUGUAUACGCCUGAACACUGUAGGUUCUAAAAUUAGGCAUCAAGGCAAUGAACAUGCCCUUCGUCAGAGUGGAAUGUUCGACUUCCCUACUGAUAUCAGAGACUACCUUUUUCAUGAAUUUUCAAAUGGCCAUCUAGGAAAUGAAGAAUAUGAUGUCCCUCCUCGACUUUCACCUCCUCUCACAGCUGCCUCCAUCCUCCCUAGUAUAAAGUGCGUCAUUCCUGUAACAAAUUCCCUUGCUGAGAAGUCAAGGGAACAUGUAGAAGAAGAUGAGUACAAGAUUCCUUCUUCCCAUCCUGUAUCCCUGAGCUCCCAUCCACCUCACUGUCAUAAUAUAAAACUUCAUACUAGGGUGUGCGAGAAUGGUCAGUGUGCUGGUAUAAUGAAUGGAACACACAAUGCUACUUCAGAGAUGAAGAAAUCCAAAACCCCGGAGUUAGGAGAUGCCUUUGAUGCAUCCACUGCUCCAGUAUCUUUACCACCUGCACGGCCUCCUACCAGAGACAACCCGAAACACAGCUCUUUGCUCAACAGGACGCCCUCCGAUUAUGAUCUUCUGGUGCCCCCUUUAGGCGAAGAUACGUUUGACAACUCACCACCGUCACUUCCACCACCACCACCACCUCCCGCUCGGCACAGCCUCACUGAGCAUUCCAAACCUCUGGGCUCAGGAAGCAGACCCUCUUCAGGACAUGAACUGUUCCUUCCUCCUUCGGAUCUCUUUUUUGAUCCAGCUACUAGUGUAAUUCCUUUGCCUCCUGCUCGAAGAUUAACAGGCGAAAAUGUCAAAACUAAUAGAACAUCACAGGACUAUGAUCAGCUUCCAUCCUCCUCAGACGGUUCGCAAGCACCAGCCAGACCCCCUAAACCACUUCCUCGCAGGACUGCACCAGAAAUCCACCAUAGAAAAGCAUACAACUCUGACACCUCCUUGGAAAAUGUGGAUGCAAAAAUUGCAAAACUUAUGGGAGAGGGCUUUUCCUUUGAAGAAGUGAAGAGGGCACUUGAAAUAGCCCAGAAUAAUGUCGAUGUGGCUCGUAGUAUUUUAAGAGAAUUUGCCUGCUUUCCUCCACCAGUCUCCCCACGUCUCAAUCUAUAGCAGCAUGCAAGUCCCUGCAGCAGAUGAAUUGUGUGUGUAUGUUUGGAACUGAGAGCAAGAGAGAGAAUUUGCGAGAGAAGUUUUCUUCUCUUGUCAUCAUUAGAAGAGGGUCUGUUUCCAGCAGUUUAUCAAAGGAAGACGGCUGCUCUGAUCAAGACUCAUAGAUGGUCUGAGGCUUCUGUAUUUUUGCUAGCCAUACUUUUAAAAUCAGGGUUGAACUGACAAAAUUAUUUUAAGAAGUUUACUUCCCUUGAACUUUGAAUCUGUGAAUUGCUUUUUUUCUUGUUUACAAGUUGGCAAGUUAACCGUUUUCUAGUUGACACUUGUACUGUGUUCCUGUUUAGAUUCCCUUGUAUGGUGGUCAGUUCAGCUGUAGCAUUUGCAACAUUUUCCAUGCUGACCACCCCAUCAACUAAAUCAUUUUUUUCCAGAAGCUCUGUAUUUCCAUUUCUCCUUUUAUAAGAGGCUUUAGUGGUUUUUGCAUUUCAAUUUAUCAAACAAAUGCGCAAAAAAAAAAAAAGUACGUGGCCUUCACUACUGAGCGUUUUCUUCUGAUAUUGCUUUGUUAUUGAGAGGAAGAAAAAUCUGAAUGUAUAAUGCGUUAUUUUUUGUCUAUGAACUGCCUUUUUAAAGGUAUUUUGACAGUGACAUUGGGCAGCUUUUAUUUUUAUUAUGGAUUUUGUGACCUAUAGUCUUCAAGGUCUUGAUCCAUGUAAUUUCCAGUUUUAAAAAAAAACAAAAAAACAAAAAAAAACACAUGCAGUAAUGAAACUAAAGAACAUGACGUGACAGCUUUUAAAAAUUUGAAUGCAAACGUCGAUGUUGUACUUAAGGUACAUACCAAGGGCACCUGUUGUUCAUGCCUUAAGUAUCUUCAGGCAUACUGAAUAAUGGGGAAUCUCUCUGAAUUAUAUUAAUGAUCAGGUAAAUUACAGUCCUAUCUUCUGAAAAGUGGAUGACACUUAAUUUCCUGUUCGAGUGAUUGUCCUCUGGUUCAUCAUGGCUUUAGGGACCAGUUCAUAUUGACAUGAGUGAUGCACUGUUAAGUCCUAAUGCUACUGUUGGAAUACUUUUUACAAUGUUCUUUAGUAAUCUCGCUGUUCACACUAUUGCAUUAGACUGUGUUUCAUACCCAAAUUCACUCAUUCACUGUCCCUGCAGAGAUGUAAACAUCUUAGAUCUCUUUGCCCGGGAUGGAACAGUGUUACCUCAGUCUGAUUUUUAUUUUUUUUUUUUAAUUUAAAGCACGGAUUGAUGCAAGCCAAAUCAAGUCCUUUGUUUUUUGUUCUUACUAGAGACUCAAAUUAAGAGUCCAGACUUUCCACAGUAAUUCUCAUAUUGCUGCUUUCCUAUUUUUGUGGAAAACACUGAAAUUCUCUUCCCCCUCCCCCCCCCCCCCCCCCCCCCCCCAUCCCUUACUGUUGAACAGAUGAACCACGUGGAGGGUAGAGUAGUUUCAGUAUUUUAAAAUAUGGCCAGUACAUGAUCUUUCAAGUUGUGAUAAACUUAGGUUGUGGUAUAUAUUUAUUUCCUUUUUAUCUUUCGGUUUUCUCCUUUACUCAUGGCAAGUUGUAAAAGUUACACCACUUAGAAGAUCGAAUUUCAGCGACAAAUGGAUUUAUUUUAAAGUUUUGUGGACAACCAAACAUCUCAAGUAAGGAAUUCAAAGUCACUAGAAAACCCAGUGGAAAUUGCCAUUAUCAUAUCAUUUCAUUAACAGCUUAUUCUUUUUUUUUCUUUUUUUUAAAGAAAUCAUUCCUUUUCAGGAUCACAAAGCAUGGCAUGAUGGCCAUCAUUAAUCUGUCUUGGUCCAGUGAAACAAGAUGAUCAGAGGUAUUUGAGCUACAGGGAUGAGUUUCUGUUCUAUUUCAAUCUAAGCAAAUGAUUUCAUGUACUAGAAAAGGGCAUUUGCAGCUUCCUUUCAGUAUUCAUUCUUUGGGUAGGGAUAACAAAAGCUUUUGGCUGAAGUUUUACUCAGUAUUCUGUGUUUAAGUAAAUCCCCUCCCCCCCCCCCCCUUUUUUUGUCACAAAGUAUGCUGUUUUCAGCUCUUUCGAUUGCUUUCUUUCCUGCAUCAUAUUGAUAACAUUCUAGCAUUUCAGUCAAAUAUAAAUUCAAAAUGAUACAAGCUGUUAAGAUAAAUGUUGCGAUUUUAUUAGAAUUGCUUAAUUAUAGCUCUAACAUAACUGCCAGUAAUAGCAACGAUGGAAAAAAAUGCAUUGCACAGAGAAGCAAACAAUCUGCAGAUCAUGUGUUGGAAUUUCCAAUCAUAUUGGAUAAAACUGGCACGGAUUCUCUUAUUUUCUAAAUUUUAUUCAGGAUCUUAGAAUAAAUGACACCACCGUGUUUCAAUUAAGAAGCAAGAAGAAUAGUCAUGUAAAAUAUUUUAAAAUUAUUUCUACACAAGCUCUUUCUAGUUUUUUUAAUAGCAUUCCCAGCCUGUUUGGCAUGACUUGUUUUUUGUACAUGUGUUUAAAAACCUUUAUAAUGUAAUAGCAUAGGUAGUGGCUUUACACUCUAAAAAUUCCAUUCAUCUUUAGACGAUAAAGCGAAUCAGAUACUCUUACACAAUGGAACAUGAGAUGCCUCAGACCUGUUUCAGUUAAUAGAUUUAAAGCCAAAUUGAGUGAAAUUGCCUUGCUAGACUGUUGAUGUUUACUGCACAGGACUUAAUAGGCUUGAGAGAGGUAAAUCUGACAAUUUGGUUCCCUAAAAUGUCUUUAACAAUUUAAAAAAUAAAGGUUUAAUCUUGCAAAUGCCUGUGAACAUAUGUAACUUUAAGCACACGACUGACUGUACUGGGUAUACUCGAAUGAAGUUGCGCAAAUGCUUGUGUGUGUAAAAGUGGGGCCUACGGAUCUAUUUUCUACAGUAGCCUCCUUUAGACCAUCAUGCCAACAUCUGCAUUUAUUUCCUUGAUGCAAAAUUGCUGCAUUUUAAUCAGAUUUGCUGAAUCAGAAGGUGAGCAAUACUUAUGAACAUCAACGGCAUGGAUCCUUUCCAAAGAUGAUAGGUUAAAAACUGAAACUGCGCUGAAAUAAAUGAAUUCCAUGUGAUUAGCCAAUUAAUGGGUUGGCUAGAAACCUAAAAUGGCCACUGAUCAAAUGGGUCAAUGUUGCAUAAUCCAAGUGCACAUCUGGCAAAGACUUUUUCAUAGUGUGAAUUUAGAUUUUUGUAUCCAAAUCAUUUCCUCUCAUAAUUUCAGCUUGAAGCUUUACUUUGCACUGAUUAUUCUGAACUGGUAACCAUUUGAAUUUGUGUCUUAAAGCUGGACAGAUUUGGAACCAGAUGAAUGGUAUAUUUUAAAUGGAUUCAGGUACUGCUUGUUGACCUGGAAUUUAGUGCUUCUAGGAAUGAUUUCCUGAAAAGGACUGCAAUAGUUUCCAUUUUGAAGGGUUUUCUUCCAAAUAACUAUUUUAUCAGAAAAUGCCUUUUAUAAACUUGUCUAGCGUGAUAAACAUAGUGACGUGUUCAAUUAAUUUAUAUUUUAUUCAACAUUCUUUUUCAAUUCUGGUUAUUAUGUAACCUCGAGUACUUUAUCUGUUCUUGUAAGAUAUUUUAUAAAAUGAAUGUUAACAGAA